AUGCGCGGUAGUUCCAAGCGCUCCCUCGAGGAGCUUGCCAAUAAAUCCGACUCUGAUGACGAGGACUACAGCGAAGGUCCCCACCCCCAGGAUUCGCGACGCGGUCGAAAGACAAAGUCGAGCCAGAAGCGAUCCAGACCCACUAAAAAGCGACGCCGCAACUCCGACGACGAGGAAGACGACGAUCUUUCAAGUGAAGAUGAAGACCUGUCUGUUGAGGAGGAAUCGGAGGAAUCCGACGACCCCAAUGUACCGCGAAAUGCACGAGGAACUGCACGCCGUCGAGCGACCCAAACUGCUCCACUCUACGAGGAGCCCGAUUCAGAAGAAGAUGCAUCCGCAGUGGACGACGAUGGCGACGAUGAGGAUGAGGAACCUAUCAUCAAAACUCAAGUCAAGAAAACACGCAGUAUUGUCAAAUUGAAGCUGCGUCCAGAGAUCCUAUCGCAGCCUGAUCUCUUGGCCAAUCGACGUACUACCCGCCGUACCCGGGACCCUUCAGAGGACAUCUACGCUCUGACUAAUUCGGGUCGACACAUGGAAGCCGUUGAACGGGGCACAAAGAGCCCGGAGACUGCGGUAAAGCGACAAGGUUCGCGAGCUCCCCGUGAGUCAGCUAUUCCCGAGGAGUCCAUGAAAACAUCUACAGAGAUCCAGGACUCCCUAGAGGUUCUGGAAAGUGAUGCCCCGGGUGAAAUCGAUGAUACCAUACUACACCAAGAUGGUGUACAAGACCAGUUCGACACUGAAAUGUCCAUGGAAGACGGGGUUGUCCCUGAGUCUGAGAUUGGGGAUGCUAAGCCCGAGGAGAAGGACGAGGAUGAUGACGACGAAGACGAAGAUGUAGGCCCCGUCUCUCGACGACGAACCAGACCAAAUAUACGGGAAGUCCAAGAUGAAGACGAGGUCGACGAAGCGGUCGUGCCUGCGGGCACCGAAGAGGAGCCCCAGCCUCGCCGAUCCGGUCGCAAAAAGCCCCCUCGGAGUUCACAGCGCAAAAACGACGAGAGUGACUUUGAACCCGAAGAAGAAGACUCUCACGAUGACGAAGCCUCACAAUCUGGAAAAUCCACUGGGUCUCCGCAGAAAUCCCACGGCAAUGACGAAGAGGAGGACAGCACAACUGGCCGUCGUGCCGGUCUGCGCAAAAGACCGCCCCAAUCUCGAGGUCAGUCCGAAGUUGCCGAUGAGCUUGCAGAGGAACUCCACGACCUGCGAGGUGGCCGUCCCCGACGUCGUGUGCCAGAAAUUGUCUAUGAGAAGCCGCGUCGUAGUCGCAAAGAUGUUGAUUAUCGCAUUAUUCGCCCUGACCUGUUGCUCGCCACGGACGAUGUUGAGCUCGAUAUCACAGAGUCUCCGUCUCGUCGUGGACGCGGCGGCGCAGCUGGUGGUGGCUGGCAGCGAUCCUUCUUCCCGACUUCGGGUCCAUUUGGCGGAGGCGGUCUCUCGUCUGUUCUGGGUCCCCCUGGCGCUGCCGGUACUGGUGGAGUCGACAGUGAUAGCAGUGAUGAUGAGUUUACUCAGCAACACAAGGGUGCCGGUCAUCCUCCAACAGGUCUUGUGCCUCAAGCCCACUCUGGUGAUGCCGCCCAGCACCUCGCAGGCACGCCGGCAAACUUUGGCAAGGUUCCGGACAGACAAACAUUGGCAGACGCUGAUCCCCUAGGUGUGGACGUCACUGUCAAUUUUGACAGUGUUGGAGGACUUCAGGGACACAUCGAUCAACUGAAGGAAAUGGUCUCAUUGCCAUUACUGUACCCGGAGAUUUUCCAACGUUUUCACGUAGUCCCUCCUCGGGGUGUGUUGUUCCAUGGACCCCCGGGAACCGGAAAGACGCUUUUGGCCCGAGCUCUGGCCAACAGUGUCAGUUCUGAGGGCCGCAAGGUCAGUUUCUAUAUGAGAAAGGGUGCUGAUACGUUGAGCAAAUGGGUCGGUGAGGCUGAGCGCCAGUUGCGACUUCUCUUCGAAGAGGCUCGAAAGAACCAACCCAGUAUCAUUUUCUUUGAUGAAAUUGAUGGUCUGGCUCCCGUGCGUUCCAGUAAGCAGGAGCAGAUUCAUGCCUCUAUUGUGUCGACCCUGCUUGCGUUGAUGGAUGGUAUGGAUGGUCGCGGCCAAGUCAUUGUUAUCGGUGCUACCAAUCGGCCUGACUCUGUUGAUCCUGCUCUCCGUCGCCCUGGUCGUUUCGAUCGUGAAUUCUACUUCCCUCUUCCGAACAUCGAAGGUCGGCGUGCAAUUCUGGAUAUUCACACCAAGGGCUGGGACCCAGCACUUCCAGGUGACAUUAAAGAUGAACUUGCGAAGAUCACAAAGGGCUACGGAGGUGCUGAUCUGCGAGCUCUUUGCACUGAAGCUGCGCUUAAUGCCGUGCAGCGGAAAUAUCCUCAGAUCUACAAGUCGGAUAAGAAGCUUGUAAUCGAUCCGAAGAACAUCGACGUCCUUCCAAAAGACUUCAUGAUUGCAGCUAAGAAGAUGGUUCCCUCUUCGGAGCGAUCUACGUCAUCAGGCGCGUCAGCAUUGCCUCCCAAUGUUGAGCCUCUACUCCGCCAGUCCUUGGCUGACAUCCAGAAAGCCUUGUCGGAGGUUCUUCCCCAGCGGAAGAGACUGACUGCUUUGGAAGAAGCCCAGUAUGAGGAACCUGCAGACAACAAUGGAUUCCGCCGCGAGCAGAUGAUGCAGGAAUUCGACCGAUCGCGUGUAUUCCGCCCGCGCAUGCUUCUUCGCGGUUCACAGGGAAUGGGUCAGCAAUAUCUUGCCGGCGCUCUUCUCCACCAUUUUGAGGGUCUGCAUGUCCAGGCUUUCGAUCUCCCCACUUUACUCAGCGACUCGACCCGAUCGCCGGAAGCUACAGUUAUACAGCUUUUCGCUGAAGUUAAGCGACACAGACCGAGUGUAAUUUACAUUCCUAAUAUUCAGACAUGGUUUGAGACAGUUGGACCUACUGUCAUCUCCACUUUCCUCGGUCUGUUGCGAUCAUUGCCACCGUCCGACCCAGUUUUGUUGCUCGGUGUUCUCGAGUCUAGCGUGGAAGAGGUGGAUGAGGCAUUGGUCAAGCAAUUGUUCGGAUACUCUAAGAAAAAUCUGUUUGAUCUUCCUGCUCCUGACAGAGCUGCGCGUCGUGAGUUCUUCGACAAACUUAUUGAAUACAUCAAAACUGCGCCUUCAGAUUUCCCCGACCCCGAAAAUCGCAAGAAACGCCAGUUGGAGGAGCUCGAGGUUGCACCCCCGCCACCUCCAGCAGCCGAAAUACCACUCACCAAGGAACAACGCAAGGCUCAAAAGAAGAAGGACCGACAAACCCUCAAUCUUCUGAAGAUCCGAAUCCAGCCCGUCAUGGAUCAGAUCAAGAAAUAUAAGAAGUUCCGCACUGGUAUCGUUGAUGAAAAUCAGAUCAAAUACCUGUGGGAUGAAGCAGACCCCAACAUCAUUACCAGCGACCUACCCCCUGACCAGCAAAAUAUCUACCGACCAUACGAGAAGGCCGUUGAUAAACAUGGUGUCCCGGGUCUUCGAGAGGUUACGACUGACAAGUUUUACUACAACAUGGAGAUUGUCACUAUCGAGAAACGCCUCUCCAACGGAUACUAUAAACGUGCCAGUGAUUUCUUGGCGGACAUUAAACAGAUUGCCAAAGAUGCUCGUCAGCUGGGAGACCAGGAACGACUGCUGAAAGCAAACGAGCUACUCUCAAACGUUGAAGUCGAUGUUAGCGGCAUUGAAGCUGACCUGCCGCUGAUGGCGGAGUGUGAGGCUGUUUACUUACGAGAGCUAGCCCGCGAAAAGGAAGCAGCCGACCGCGCCCAGCGGGCCCAAGAGGAAGAGGACCAGCGGAUUCGCGAUAUAGAAGCGGCCGAAGAGGCUGAAGAACGCGCUGCUGCCGAAGAAGCCGCCAAAGAAGCUGCCGCCCAUCCGACUGAUGAUCAGACCGAGUCCACUCUACCUGACCGUCCGUUGCACCUGGGCGAAUGGGUUCCGGGGAUUGCAAAGACAGACUCACGCCCCGUAACGCCUACAAACCAGUCGCACGUCAGUUUUGCGAAUGGAUAUCACAACGGCGGGGGCUCCGACCUUAAUGAGCCUGGCCCGAUCGGCCUGAGCAAUGGGUCGCAUGGCGAUGGCGACGGCGAUGUCUUCAUGUCCAAUUCUGAUGACCAUUCAGGAAAUUCAGGAAGCAAAAUAACGCAGAAUGACUCCUUUGGGCCCUCUGCGCAGCCCAAGCCUGCAUACUCGCACACUGCACCAUCGCAGCAAAUCCGUCGCGAGUCCGGCAUGUCUAACUUGUCUCAAAAGGGUCCCAUGACACCCAUGGCUCCUGGGUCUCAGCCCGAGGAUUAUGCCAAUGAAGCGUCUACAACCCAGACGACCUCAUACAAGAGGUCGUCUGGACACUCCUCCAACCAACAUGACUACACCCAGAGCCCUCAUGUUUCUCGACACGAAUAUCCAGAUCUCACUCAGUAUCCCGACCGUGUUUCGCAAGACGACCACCUACCAGAUACCCAGCAAGGUGGCAGCAGUCAGCUUUCCCCUCGUCCCAGAGAUUCGCUGGUUUCGAUUCAAACAGAGCUUGACCACAGCGCGCUGGGUGGAAGUCAAUCACAGUCCAAGCCCAAGCCUCCUUUGUUUGAUGAUGCCUCUAAGCCUACACACCACGCCUCGCUCGAUUUGCAGUCUUUGCUCAUUGAUGAGCCGGUCCCCGAGCUAGUCAUUGACCUGCCAUACGUCGAGCACCUACACUGCCAGUUGGCCGAGCGCACUAGCGGGUGCUCCGUUGAGCAACUGGAGCAGAUCAACACUUACCUCAUGGACUUUGUUUGGCACAUGCGCGGUCAGUGGAACCGAACUACUGUUUCCAAGGGCAUCAUGGAUACAUUUGAUGAGGUCUUGGAAGAUAUGCUGGCCAUGCAAGACGUCGGCCCAAUCAGUCAAAAUCCGGGGGUGUUGGACAGCUUCUAA